AUGUCGCUCUUUGCAGCGACACUCCUCGCAUCGCUCUUUGUCGUUGGCAUGCCGCAUGUCUUCCCAUGCCCCGCUCCGCGUCGUACGCUGGCGGAUUCCGAAAUGAUUGUGACCGCCGAUGGACAACAAUUACAGAGAAUUCGAAGAAAGAGAAGGAAAGACCCAAACAUGCUCGAACAAGAUGGAGCUUCAAUACACCAAGCAAGGCCCCAGUCUUCAGACGAGGAGGUGUCGACAUUCUUACAAAUGGAGGAGGAAGCAGAACGUCUGGCCAAUACAGGGAGGGAAUGCCCUGUUCCUAAGCCCAAGGGCGUUUUGGGACAAUUGUUAGGAUUUCCAACUGCUGAGGGACAGCAGAAACAGCGGACUCUCGGGACUGAGUCGGUGGCCUCCCCAAACCAAGGAGGCUGA